AGUUAAAGUCCACAUUGACCUGCUUCUGAAAUGGCUAGCUUCAAUCACACUGGUGUUAACCAUAUAGUCUUCUAUCUGCUGGGCAUUCCAGGCCGAGAAGACCUACACAUAUGGAUUUCCAUCCCCUUACUCAUCUCCUAUGUCUUUGCUCUUCUUGGAAAUGGUCUGCUCAUCUAUAUUAUCCUCACCAAGAGCAGCCUCCAUGAACCUAUGUAUCUUUUCCUCUGCAUGCUGGCUGGAGUUGACAUUGUCUUUGCCACAACCACAGAACCCAAGGCAUUGGCCAUUUUUUGGUUCAAUAAUAGGGAGAUCUCUCUUAAUAGCUGCAUUGCCCAGCUCUACUUCCAGCAUUCCUCCUUCAUUUCUGAGUCUGGCAUCUUGCUGAUUAUGGCAUUUGACCGCUACAUUGCAAUAUGUUACCCACUGAGGUACACCAUGAUACUCACUCAUUCUCUGAUAGGGAAAAUUGGUGUGGCUGUUCACUUGAGAGCACAUUGUACAAUUUUCCCCAUGAUAUUUCUUCUGAAGAGACUCACUUUUUGCAGAAAUAACAUCCUACCACAUACAUUCUGUGAACACAUUGGUUUGGCCAAGUAUGCCUGUGAUGAUAUCCGUGUAAACAUCUGGUAUGGAUUUUUUGUCCUAAUGUCCACAGUGAUCCUAGACAUUGUCCUCAUUUUUGUUUCCUAUACUCUGAUACUCCAUGCUGUCUACUGUAUCCCUUCCCGAGAUGCUCGCCACAAAGCUCUCAACACAUGUGGCUCCCAUGUCUGUGUCAUUGUCCUUUUUUAUGGGCCUGGGAUCUUCUCGGUUCUCACUCAGCGCUUUGGACGUCACAUCCCACUACAUGUCCACAUUCUGUUGGCCAAUGUCAGCAUGCUUGCUCCACCGAUGCUGAAUCCUAUCAUUUAUGGGGUCAAAAUAAAACAGAUACGAGACCAAGUAGUUUAUGUGUUGUUUCUAAAGCAGAAAUGACUAUGGGGUAGCAGAAUCUGGUUUUUCAGAAACUUUGGUCCUUUCUGAGAUGUGCUUUCACAGCAGCAAACCACAGAACUAGAAAUGAGUCACAGCAUACAUAGCUCAUUGAGUUAUGGG